AUGGAGAACUUGAUUCUGGUACUUGGGCAUAUCAUGCACAAUAAGCUCUCUCAGUUUACCUUGGCUUCUUUAUUGAUUUUGUCAACAUCAAUUCCACUAGAAGCUAUCAGUAACCAAAAAGAGAGUGGAAAUCUCACUAUGACAUUUCCGAACGUUUUUGAAUUCGGCAGUACUGGAAAAGGAGGAAUUGAAUUUUAUCGUGGUAGAACACGAGCAGCACAAGGGUACUGGUCUGACACACAAGGACGUAGCAACACUUCCCUAUGGACACCAUGCCGCUACAAGUUGAAAAUAUCAUCUCGGCACACUCGAUGGCUAACCUAUCAUUCCAUUUCAGAGAGGGACUUCCGUGGAUCUAAAAGGGGCACAGAUGUAGCGGAGCAGCAGAGAACAGAUACAUCAAAGUUUGAUUUCGGAAUUUUUAAGUACAGUCUUCAAGAUAAGCAGUUCAAUGUCUCAGGUUCUGCAAUCAUCGCACAUUUUGUAUCCUCUUGGGGAUUGUCUCUCAUUGUAGGUCUUCAAUCUUCCAGUGUUUUACUUUUGUUCGUGGUGUUCGGUAUUUAUUCUAGUGUGAAAAUCAACAGGUCGAUUAAUAUUAAAUCCAAGUUGUUCAAGAAAAAUGGAGGGCCGUUGUUAGAGCAGCUUCUUGCAACUCAUGGACCUCGAGCUGGUGGCCCAAAAGUUUUUACAGCCGAGGAGCUUGAGAUGGCUACCGAGUACAAUCAAGGACCAAGAGCAAACUCAAAUACUAAUGGAACAGCUUACAGUAAACUUCCACUAGCAAACAGUGAAAUGGAGAUGGUAUUUGUAAAAGAAAAGGUACUAGUAGAAGAGGGCCAGAUAGAGCGUUUCAUAAAUGAGAUCAUCACCCUUGCCCAAAUGAAUCAUGAAAAUGUGAUCAAGUUGUUGGGGUGCUGUUUAGAGACUGAAGAUCCCAUUUUGGUUUAUGAAUUCGCCUCCAAUGGGAGCCUUUUUUCUUACAUUCAUGAUCCGAAAAAUGGUGAAAAUUCGAUGCCCCAUUGGGAUAUCUUGAUGGAGAUAGCAGCAGAAUCUGCAGCAGGGCUUGCUUAUCUGCAUUCCUUAUCAAUCAUUCAUGGAAAUAUCAAGUCUUCCAAUAUAUUGAUGACUGAUUGUAAGGCCAAAGUUGCUGGUUUUCGACCUCCAAGGUUAAUCGCUAGUAAUGAAUCUCAGACAAGUACAUUGGUUCAAAUGACACUGGGUUAUCUGGACCCUGAAUAUCUACUCACAGGCCAAUUAACAGACAAGAGUGAUGUCUACAGUUUUGGAGUCAUUUUAGUAGAAAUUUUAACUGGGGAGAAGCCAAUAAAUUUUGAUAGACCAGAAAGUCAGAGAAUCAUAACUUCUCAUUUUCUUUUGUCCAUGGAAUUACAAAAUGGCCUUCUUCAGAUUCUUGCGCCGCAAGUUAAGGGGCAAAACAAAGAACAAGCUACAGCAGUCGCAGAGCUUGCAAAGCGAUGCCUCAAGUUGAGGAGUGCAGAAAGACCAUCAAUGGAUGAAGUGGCCAGAGAGUUAAAGACAUUGUCAGACAUAUAUAUUACAGUUCAUGGCAGUUGA